AUGGACGUUAGUGGACCAAUGAACAACAAAAAUCUCGUGAAGCGAGUCCCAGAUGAGAACACAAUGGAUAUCUCAGAGUGGAAGCCUGGGAAGGUUAAUGGACCUUACGCAGAAAAGAUCGCUUUCCUCCAGGAACAGUUGGGAAGGGGCUGUGGUCUCAAUGGAGGAUAUAUGGUAAUUGGACCGUCGCAGGGUUCGGAGACUAAGCAUCGCUUUCGAAGGACCAGAAAGCUGCCCAGCGUUAGGGAGAAGGAGGGGGGAAUGACGUGGGGUCGCAAAGGUAUGGUGGGGCCCGAUAAGAUAAGGGUUUCCAUGGCGACAGAGGGCCGACCGAGAACGUACCUCAGCAGCAUCAACCCAGUCGAGUCUUACCUCACCAGCAUCCCUAGGGACAUGAGAAGCGAUGAUAUCUUCAAGCAAAAUGGUCCCAAAGUCACCGCGCACAGCGCCCGGCCACCCGCAGCUCGGCGCCAGACGAAGAAUGGCGGAAAGAACCAUGGGCGAUGGUUUUAUACCUGCGCGCAGCUGCCCCCGAGAAAGUGCGGCUUCUUUCUUUGGGCUGACGAAGCCGAGCCCCGCGAAAAAGCCGUCGUCCUUUCGAACUCUCGAACCGAAAUUGAUCCCCUUGACUCUUUCAUGCGAACUCCUACAAAAUCAACUUUGGGCGGGCCCAACGGCUUGUUGACUCCUCAAACUGAGCGUCGGGUAAUCGACAUUCCACCGCGCCAAUUCAAGUCGCCACCAAAGACCGCGAAGGCGAGAAUGAUGGCGGAGGACUCUGACGAAUUCGGUUGGAACCAAGACUCUGAUGAUGAUGAUGAAAUUACGCAAGCGUUAUUAUCCAGUCAGGCGACUGAGCCUAUACUGUCACAACCGAUCUUCUACCCAGAGUUGGCCGUGAAGGUCCCUCGUACACCUGGAACGACAUCUCCGGGAAAGCGCAAGCUAUCGGAGUUUGCAUUCGAUCAGUCCAAUAGCACUCACUCGGAAAUACCAACCCCAACCUCGACUCGCGCUUCUCAGUCAUCCCGAUUCCCGCCAUCUUCGGCGGAGGUGUGUAUGACGCCGACACCAAGCAGAAACCGCGAUCUGCUCAGCUCAGACUCGAAGCCCGAUGAAUCGGAUCUUUUUAGACAGGCCAGCGCUAUACUAGAGACGCAUGGCGUUGUGUUACCAAAUCGCGCGUAUGAUCAGCUUGUCCAGCUUCUCAAUAGCCAUGAUAUGAAAUUGAAGGGUGUCAAUCGUGCGCGGGACAUUUUGCGCACAGCAAUGAAGAAAAAGGAAGAUGAGAUUCUCCUUUUAAAGGAAAAGAAUACGAAUCUGCAGGCGCAAAAUGAGAUGGAUCGGAGUAUCAUCAAUAGUUUUAAUCGUUGA